GUGCACAAAAAGAGCUCAAGAUGAUCAGCCGAUACUUAUUGGCUCUUGGCAUGUGGGCUGCACUUACAAUAACCUUUUCUGCAGCUCAAAGCACAACACCUGUUACAGUUUCAACUACAACUGAAUCAAUAACAUGUAUACUUUUUCCGGAAUUACCAAUAUGUCGGACAACAACACAAGCUACUACUACCACAGCCUCAACAGCAACCACAAGAACAACCACUACGUCAACCACAAUCGCUCCGCCGACCACCGAAGAAUUAACGACAACCACCUUAGCACCCACAACCACUGAAAAAAUAUCAACGACAACUAUAGCUCCAACAACCACAAGCACUUCUACAACCACUGAGGGAACUACAACGACAACUUUAGCUCCAACAACCAUAAGCACUUCAACUGAAUCAAUAAUAUGUAUACUUUUUCCGGAAUUGCCAAUAUGUAGAACAACAACACAACCUACAACUACCAGUGCCUCAACAACUAUCACAACAUCAACUUCAAUCGCCCCGACGACCACCAAUACAGUAACGACAACCACCUUAGCUCCCACAACCACCAAAGAAAUAUCAACGACAACUAUAGCUCCAACAACCACAAGCACUUCUACAACCACAUUGGAAACUACAACGACAACUUUAGCUCCAACAACCACAAGCACUUUUACAACCACUGAGGAACCUACAACAACAACUUUAGCUCCAACAAGUACUUCUACAACCACUGAGGGAACUACAACGACAACUUUAGCUCCAACAACCAUAAGCACUUCAACUGAAUCAAUAAUAUGUAUACUUUUUCCGGAAUUGCCAAUAUGUAGAACAACAACACAACCUACAACUACCAGUGCCUCAACAACUAUCACAACAUCAACUUCAAUCGCCCCGACGACCACCAAUACAGUAACGACAACCACCUUAGCUCCCACAACCACCAAAGAAAUAUCAACGACAACUAUAGCUCCAACAACCACAAGCACUUCUACAACCACAUUGGAAACUACAACGACAACUAUAGCUCCAACAACCACAAGCACUUCUACAACCACUGAGGGAACUACAACGACAACUUUAGCUCCAACAACCAUAAGCACUUCAACUGAAUCAAUAAUAUGUAUACUUUUUCCGGAAUUGCCAAUAUGUAGAACAACAACACAACCUACAACUACCAGUGCCUCAACAACUAUCACAACAUCAACUUCAAUCGCCCCGACGACCACCAAUACAGUAACGACAACCACCUUAGCUCCCACAACCACCAAAGAAAUAUCAACGACAACUAUAGCUCCAACAACCACAAGCACUUCUACAACCACAUUGGAAACUACAACGACAACUAUAGUUCCAACAACCUCAAGCACUUCUACAACCACUGAGGAAACUUCAACGACAGCUUUAGCUCCAACAACCACAAGCACUUCUACAACCACUGAGGGAACUACAACGACAACUUUAGCUCCAACAACCACAAGUACUUCUACAAGCACUGAGGAAACUACAACGACAACUUUAGCUCCAACAACCUCAAGCACUGAGGAAACUACAACGACAACUUUAGCUCCAACAACCACAACUUCUUCUACAACCAAUACGGAAACUACAACGACAACUUUAGCGCCAACAACCACAAGCACUUCAACUGAAUCAAUUAUUUGUAUACUAUUUCCGGAUUUGCCCAGAUGUAGGACAACAACACAACCUACUACUACCACUGCCCCAACAACAACCACAACAUCAACUACAAUCGCUCCGACGACCACCAAAGAAGUAACGACAACUACCUUAGCUCCCACAACCACUGAAGAAAUAUCAACGACAACUAUAGCUCCGACAACCACAAGCACUUCUACAACCGCUGAGGAGACUACAACAACAACUUUUGCUCCAACAACCACAAGCACUUCUACAACCACUCAGGGAACUACAACGACAACCUUAGCUCCAACAACUACAAGCACUUCUACAACCACUGAGGAAACUACAACGACAACUUUAGCUCCAGCAACCACAAGUGCUUCUACAACCACUGAGGAAACUACAACGACAACUAUAGUUCCAACAUCCACAAGCACUUCUACAACCACUGAGGAAACUACAACGACAACUAUAGUUCCAACAACCACAAGCACUUCUACAACCACUGAGGAAACUACAACGACAACUAUAGCUCCAACAACCACAAGUACUUCUACAACCACUGAGGAAACUACAACGACAACUUUAGCUCCGACAACCACAAGCACUUCUACAACCACUGAGGAGACUACAACAACAACUUUAGCUCCAACAACCACAAGCACUUCUACAACCACUCAGGGAACUACAACGACAACUUUAGCUCCAACAACCACAAGUACUUCUACAAGCACUGAGGAAACUACAACGACAACUAUAGUUCCAACGACCACUAGCACUUCUACAACCACUGAGGAAACUACAACGACAACUUUAGCUCCAACAACCACAAUUGCAUCCACAACCACCAAGGAAUUAACAACGACCACUAGCGCUACCACAAACUCUCAAGCCCACCACCAUCAUCAUUAUCACCAAGAAGUAUAUGGGCCCCCAGCCUUUCCACUUCCACCUCCGAUACCUUUGCCACCAUUUCCCUUUCUUGGAGCGUUGCCUGAAACUGAUUCUAGUGUGAUUGCUAUAUUACCCAUUCCGCUUCCACCCCCGAUUCCUGCAUUUCCUCGCCCCCCACCAGGGCUUCCUCUUCCUUUCGGAAAUUUGUUUGGAAAAUAACAUAACAUAUUCUUCAACUGAUAGUUGAGGACUCCAAUUCUGCAACAACUGUUUUUAUAUUUCGAUUUGUCAAACAAUGUCAAAUAAUAAAAAAAAAAAAAUCUUUAGUAACUAUAA